CAGAACGAAACUCUUGCUGGAGAAAGGGAUGCCACGACUGCAAGAAAGAGAAAAAAGCUUGCCGCCAUUUAAAAAUGGCUUCUUUUUGAGUUGUCUUUUUCCCACUGGCAUAAUUUUGAAAUUAUCUCAAUUAUCCGGUAACAAAACAAUAAAAUACUGUGUUUAUUUAAAGUAGAUAAUGUUAUUGUACGUUAUUGUAUGAAAUAAGACUUAAUAUAAGCUUGUAUUAUUGACAAAAGUGUUAAAAUGUCGUGCCUAGGGCGAGGCGGUUCGCCCGACAAUAUACGACAAUAUUUAGCGUCGAAACGCUCGUUUUAGUGUUUAAAUUUAAACAAAAACAAUAAUAAAAAUGGACAAGAAAAAUAAAAAGAAAACUGUGAUUAAGAGGAAAAGUGAUGAGAGUGGUGAGGGUGAGAAAAAACAAAAAAUAAUGGUGAACCGUAAGAACGAGGAUAAAGAAAAGGUUGAGGUGGUGAAUCAGGUGGUGGAAGUUCCAGUGGAGCAGGGUCAGCAGAUUGUGCACACGGGGCAGCUGGUUGAGGGUAACUUCGAGCAGCCAGUCUUCGUGAACAUGAAGGGGGAACCAGUUCAAUUGGGUCCAAACACAGUCAUACUUUACGAGCAAAGUGGCAAUCCUUCGAAUUUUGCAUUCGGUGGUAUGUGGACCAUGGAUUCUUCGGGAAGGAUCGUGAUGGCAGAGACAAUAUAUGACGUAAAAGGAGAGCCAGAGGAAGAAGGUGCUAACUUUGUGCAGAGCAACACUGAAGUGACCACUCAACCAGUAGAAGAACAACAGAAUACAUAUCAACAGUUUGAGCUCAGCAGCGGCACACAAGUGGACGGCCAGCAGGAGUAUGAAGUGGCCAUCAUUGAGAACCCACCUGCGGAGACUACGGAGAACCCUGAACCGCAAGUGGUUACAAAUGAAGACCAACUAGUGGCCACAGGUACUGGAGCAGUGCGCUGGCUCAACCAGAAAUAUGAUUUUGUGGUGCGGAAACUACAGUUGAACUAUGACGCUGGCGUGAAACUCCUGCACUCUCCAACUGGUUGCAUACAGUGUGUAUAUCUAACUACACCCAGCAUGCAACUAGCUUUCAAUGCAGUGCCUCAGUUCCUAUGCAUUGAAACCGGCAUAGAGUUCAACAGCACCAUACCGACAGUGGGAGGCACGGGCACUCCUUCCCUCAAGCACAAUGUCACUCUGUUCCUCGCUGAAGAUGGCAACGGCAAAUCUGUUAUUGUCAGUGCUGGUAUUUCAACCCUGAUCGGUGAAGAUCUGACCUGGUUAUUAGAUACUUUCAAAUCCUGUAAUCCAGCGUGGAGGCAGGUCAGAUGCGUUGUUUGCGAUCCUACCAAGUGUCAACAGGCAGUCCGCGCGGCGUUUCCGUCGGCGCACGUGACGUGCUCGGUGUGGCAGGCGGCGCGCGCGGCGGCCCGCCACGUGGCGGCCGCGGGGGCGCAGCCCGGCGCCGGGGCCGCGCCCCCCGCCACCCCGCCGCUGCCCGACCUCGCCGCCAGGUGCAAGACAUACGCACUCGCACUGCUCAGGGGGGACCACACUCUCACUCAACUACAGGUACUGAAGCGCAGUAUUAUAGGAACAGGAGCCGGUACACUGCGUCUAUGGGAGAUUCUAUCUCGGCCCAACGGGGCCAUAGCCAAGCUGGACUCCUGGCUUGAAGCUGACAAUUACACUAAUAUACUUCAUAAGGGUCUAGAACGUCUAGUAACUAAAUUCCAGAACUUAGUCCGGAAUCCACUUCAGCUGGACGAGUUCGUCUCCAUAUUCUUCAAUGUAGCCAAUCAGCUCGAGAACGAUAGACGGACCUUCGCACUCAGUAGGUUACGGGACACGGAGACACUAAAACAGUCGCCGACGGAUACCAUCACUCAAUACGCUUACAAUCUCAUGUCUCACCAGACCAAGUUGGCGCAGAAAUGCCUCGACGAUAGAGCCGGCAGGAAACACAGCAGUGCUGCCAUCUGUAAGUACGGGACGUCGACGCAGGAGUGCUCGUGCCUGUUCAGCAAAGUAUUCCGGUUGCCCUGCCGACAUAUACUCAUGUUGACCACUGAACUUAAGGUUAAGACCCACAUCCCGUUCGAGCCUCGGUGGACUGUCCAACACUGUCUCUUUGGAUGCGAGAAUCUUAAUUCAACGGCUACUAAUAAUACCGGCGCUGGUUCGUUCCUGGAGCAGGUCGUCGUGGAGACUGAGGAUGCGCCGCGACAGGGCAUACAGCAGUCUGCAGUGCAUCAGGUCGGUGGAGUCAGGCAGCAACAGUAUGUGCUAGCUACGGCCGGCCAACCCGCGACUCCCGUCUCACAGGUGAUAUUCUGCGGAGGCGGCGUAGGAGGCGUAUCUGGCGUGUCGGGCGUCGCGGGCGGAGCCCCCGUGAUCACGUCAGUGCUCUCAGCCGGGGGCGCAGUCCUAACCCCACACCAUUCGCUACACCACUGACCCAAACUGACGAACUCCGCGAAACCGCCACAAAAUGGAGGCAUCAAUAUAUAAAAUGGCCGCGGGGUUUUGGACUUUGUAUAAAACCGGGUUUUGGCUUCAGAUAGGGCUUUGUAUAAGAAAUGUUAUAGGGGGAUGGAUGCUGGUCGUUCCCGACUGAUGUGGAAGACAUUUGGGGGGAGGGAGUAUGAUGAUGAUGAUGAGAAAUGAUACCAUGUGGGAAAGUCAAGCUUAGAACACGGUACACGGCGUGAUACCACGGCUUCACAAUCAUAAAACUAUUUUGGUGUUAUGGCCUCACAGUACCAUAUCAAUAUCAGGGCA